GUGGUGUUGUUGGUAGGUGUACCAGGAUUUCCUGAAAGCCCCACCAAUUUUCUGGUUAUACCAAAAUCACUCCCAUCUCAUCUCAUGCCUCCAAAUUUCUUCACCUACCAAGUUUUCAAAUAAAACACACAUAAUUAAUUCACAAAACCCCAUCCCCGACCCCGAUUCUCUUUCAUUCAAGCCCCCAGUUUUGAUUCGAAUCGCGUUCUCAGUCUUUCCCUUGUUUUUUUCACCCACAGCUGAGAGACGCCCCCACCGGCCCAACUCCCUCGUAUAAAUUUGCUUGCCUUCAGCUGGGUGGCAAGUUGCCUGGGAAAACCGUGGGUUUUGGGGGGAUCGCUCAACUAUCGCUAGGAUGGAUUUGGAAUUCCUGCAGACAGUUGACCCUCAGAUCCUCGUGGGAGUUGCAGUGGCUGUUGUCGCCAUUGCCAUUGGUGCUAUCUUCCUCUUCUCUUCCAAGAAACCUAGAGGUGUCUUAGACCCUGAGAACUUCAGGGACUUUAAACUCGUCAAGCGCACGCAGCUUAGCCAUAAUGUGGCCAAGUUCACGUUUGCACUGCCUACUCCAACUUCAGUUUUGGGCUUGCCUAUUGGUCAGCAUAUUAGUUGCAGGGGCAAGGAUAGUCAGGGAGAGGAAGUCAUUAAACCCUAUACUCCAACUACGCUUGACUCUGAUGUUGGAUCUUUUGAGUUAGUUAUUAAGAUGUAUCCACAAGGAAGAAUGUCCCACCAUUUCAGAGAGAUGCGUGUUGGCGAAAGUCUCGCUGUGAAAGGACCCAAGGGGCGAUUUAGAUACCAACCUGGCCAAGUUAGAGCUUUUGGAAUGCUUGCUGGUGGCUCUGGCAUUACACCAAUGUUCCAAGUUGCCAGAGCCAUACUGGAAAACCCGAAAGACCAGACGAAGGUCCAUCUUAUUUAUGCCAACGUAACACAUGAUGACAUUUUGUUAAAGGAGGAAUUGGAAGGUCUUGCUUCUCGGUACCCUGACAGCUUCAAGAUCUACUAUGUCUUGAAUCAGCCCCCAGAGGUUUGGAAUGGUGGUGUUGGUUUUGUUUCAAAGGAAAUGAUUCAAACCCAUUUGCCAGCUCCAGCAGCUGAUAUCCAGGUAACCUUUGCUGAGUUCCUUGCUUCUACUUUGCAUUAUGUCAUUCAUCAGUGCUCCUGCUAUGCCAUCAACUUCAUCAGCUGCUAACCAUAUAACGAUGCAAAUGUGCAGAUUCUUAGGUGUGGACCGCCACCGAUGAAUAAGGCCAUGGCAGCACACCUUGAAGCGAUUGGCUAUACCCCCGAGAUGCAGUUUCAGUUCUGAUCUAAACAUGUUUAUUCGAGCUCGGGAGCAAUUUCAAUUGCGCACUUUGUUGUAGUUGGCUUUCACCUAGUCUGAAUGAUUGUGCUCAUGCCCUCCUCUUAUCUGAGAACAAAAUGAAAUGUGCCUGCUUGACUUUUCAUUGCUCGUUGUGGAUGUUGAAACUAACAAAGAGCUCCUUAAGUUUUGGC